AUGAAGUCUUCUGUGGCAUGCCUUUUGGCAACGACCCUGCCUUUUACAUGGGCCAAUCCACUUGUUGCCCGCCAGGCAUUUGAACUCGAUCCAAAGACCACCCCCUACUGUACUUGGUACUACGAUACCGCGGAAGGUGAUGACUGUCAAUCCGUGUUGUCUUCUUGGGGAGUCACCAUGGAGCAGUUCAGGCGCUGGAACCCUUCCAUCGGAGCCAAUUGUGGAAACUUCCUUCCCCAGCACUCGUAUUGCAUUGAAGCUAGUACCACCAAGCCUCCAUCUCCAAGCACGUCAGCAGCCACCACCACUAAGUCUCCCGGCUCCACCACAACGGGGGCUAAUGGUGUCGCAACGCCUCUCCCUAUCCGUGAGCACAUGACGACCAAUUGUCGCCGAUUCUACAAGGUCAACAAGGGCGAUACCUGUGAAGCCAUCAUUACGGCUGCCGGGAUAUAUGGUCCCAACUUCUACAUCUGGAACCCCGACGUCAUGCAGGACUGUUCCGGGCUCUGGGCUGACACAUAUGUGUGUCUCCAAAAUGUGGCGGGCCCCUCCAUCACCUUGAAACCCACAACAAGCACGACAACGACGCCUACAGGCAAUGGUGUGGUUACUCCAACGCCUUUUCAAGUUGGCAUGACGUCAAAUUGCAGGAGGUUCUACUAUGUUCAAAAGGGCGAUACCUGUCAAGCAAUCAUCAACGCAGCGGGGAUUUACGGCCCCAACUUCUAUAUUUGGAAUCCAGCCGUCAAAGAGGACUGUUCUGGUCUUUGGGCUAAUACCUAUGCCUGCAUUGGAAACAAGGAAGGUCCAUCGGUCACCAUCCGUCCGCCGACUCCAACCCCAACCAAGACAGCAGGCAACGGCGUCGCCACACCGACUCCUAUCCAGCCUGGGAUGGUAUCAAACUGCAAGAGCUUCUAUUUGGUGGAGAAGGGGGAUACUUGUAGCAAUGUUGCUGCCGCGCGGGGCAUCACGGUUGCUAACUUCAUCAAAUGGAACCCUGCCGUCGGGACUAAUUGCGCCGGCAUGUGGGCCGAUACCUGGGCAUGCGUUGGGCUCAUUUGA